AUGUCGUCCGCGUCGCAGCUCCGUCAGCUGGCAGACACGCCCAUCCGCGACCCCAUCUCGCCAGAGGGCCUCGCCGCCGUCCUCGGCAGCGCACCCUUCAUCUCCACCCCGGGCGCGUUCAACCUGCGCGACAUGGGCCUCGUGCCCGGCUCGGCCCUGCGGUCUGGCCUCGUGUACCGCUCCGCCAAGCUCGGCCCCGUGCAGUCCGAGUGGAUCGCCAACAAGGUCGGCGUCGUCUUUGACCUGCGCCGCCCUGCCGAGCGCGACAAGUCUCCCGACCCCACGAUCGACGGCGUGCCCAACGUGUGGAACCCGCCGCAGGCGCCAUAUGACGCGCCCAACCUCGCAGAGUUUGCCAUCGGCGACGGCAGCGAGGCGUGGGGCGCGCAGUACCUCCGCGUCCUCAAGGGAUACGCAGUGACGUUCCGCCAGGUCCUCGAGCACGUCCGUGACAGGCCCGGAGUGCCAUUCUUGUUCCACUGUACCGCGGGCCGUGACCGCACCGGCGUGUUGGCAGGCAUCCUGCACGGUGUGGCGGGUACAUCACCGUCGGCCUCGCAGCUCGACUAUCUCAUCUCGCGUAUUGGCACCGAGCCGCGCCGCACCGAGCUCAUGAUGCUCGUGGCCAACAGUCUUGGCGCAGGGGACAAGGACGCUGCCGGGUUGGAGAACCUCGCCAGCCUGCGACCGAGCUUCUGGACCCUCUUCAUCGAGGGCAUGCAGCGCGAGUAUGGCGACUGGGACGGAUACGUGCGCUGGCUUGGAUUCAGCGACAAGGACAUUGCGGUCAUUCGCAGCAACCUCCGGGAGCAGCAGGGCAGGUUGUAA